AACUAGACUACGUGACGUAAUUGCGUCGUCAAUACGCGUGCGCGCUUGGAUCUUCCCCGGUGGGCUGUAGCUUUGCGAACUGCUCCUUGACUAGCACUUCCCAAGAUGGCGGCCUGCGGACGUGUCCGGAGGUUGUGGUACUUGUGUGUGAUCACGGGGCUAAUUGUGUUAAGCUCCGUGGGUUCCAGAGCGCAGCCCGCUUCGCUGGAUGGAGCUGCAGCCGCGGCUCCGGUGGGGGGUGCUGCAGCACAACCUGCGGCCUCACAAGCUCGUAGACUCCCAGGCUGGAAGCUUGCAGAGGAGGAGGUCUGCAGGGAAGACGUGACCCGCAUCUGCCCUCGACACACCUGGAACAACAAUCUGGCGGUGUUGGAGUGUUUGCAAGAUGUUCGAGAGACUGAUAAUGAAAUUUCCUCCGACUGCAACCAUCUCCUAUGGAAUUAUAAAUUAAACCUGACAAAAGACCUCAAAUUUGAGUCGGUUGCAAAGGAAAUCUGCAAGUCCACUCUGUCCAUGCUAACAGAAUGUGCAAAUGAGACUCCUGGCAAAGGAUAUAUAGUUUCUUGUUUGGUUGAUCACCGUGUUAAUAUCACAGAGUACCAGUGCCACCAAUAUAUCACCAAGAUGGCUGCUAUUAUCUACAGCGACUACCGGCUUAUAUGUGGAUUUAUGGAAGACUGCAAAACUGAAAUAGAUGCUUUAAAAUGUGGCAGCAUAAGACCUGGUGAAAAAGACCCUCAUUCUCAAGGAGAAGUUGUGUCCUGCCUUGAGAAAGGAAUAAUUAAGGAAGCAGAGGAAGUAAACUCUCAGUUGCACAUUUCUGAUAAAUGCAAGCAGGCUAUUUUGCGAGUGGCUGAACUUUCUUCAGAUGACUUUCAUUUAGACCGUCACCUUUACUUUGCCUGCCGUGAUGACCGUGAAAGGUUCUGUGAGACUGUCCAAGCUGGAGAAGGCAGAGUCUAUAAGUGUCUUUUCAACCACAAGUUUGAGGAAUCCAUGAGCGAACCGUGCCGUGAUGCUCUUACCACACGGCAGAAGCUGAUAGCUCAAGAUUACAAAAUCAGUUAUUCGUUGGCAAAGUCCUGUAAAGCUGACCUGAAGAAGUACCGAUGUAAUGUAGAAAAUCACCCUCGUUCACGAGAAGCACGGCUUUCUUAUCUACUGCUGUGUCUGGAAUCUGCUGUUCAUAGAGGUCGCCAAGUGAGCAGUGAGUGUCAGGGGGAGAUGCUAGAUUACAGACGCAUGUUGAUGGAAGAUUUCUCUUUGAGUCCAGAGAUCAUUCUCAGCUGUCGAGGCGAGAUUGAGCACCACUGCUCUGGCCUACAUAGAAAAGGACGGACGUUGCAUUGCCUUAUGAAAGUGGUGCGAGGAGAGAAAGGCAACAUUGCAGAAAAGUGUCAGCAAGCUCUCCAAACACUGGUACAAGAGACAGACCCUGGAGCAGAUUACCGAAUUGACCGUGCUCUCAAUGAAGCUUGUGAGUCUGUCAUUCAGACUGCCUGCAAACAUGUCCGUUCCGGAGAUCCCAUGAUCCUGUCCUGUCUCAUGGAACAUUUGUACACUGAGAAAAUGGUGGAGGAGUGUGAACAUCGCUUACUGGAACUACAGUACUUCAUUUCUCGUGACUGGAAGCUUGACUUUGUCUUAUACCGGAAAUGUCAGGGUGAUGCCUCUCGUCUAUGUCAUGCCAACUCUUGGAAUGAGACUAGUGAGAACAUGCCAGCUGGUGCAGUUUUUUCUUGCUUAUAUCGACAUGCCUACCGUACAGAAGAGCAAGGAAGAAGGUUAUCGCGUGAAUGCCGUGCCGAAGUACAACGCAUCCUGCAUCAACGUGCCUUAGAUGUAAAACUGGAUCCUGCCAUGCAAGCUAAAUGCAUGACUGACCUGGGAAAAUGGUGCAGCGAGAAGACAGAGAGCGGCCAAGAACUGGAAUGUCUCCAGGAUCACUUGGAGGAUCUCAUUGUUGAAUGCAGGGAGAUUGUUGGAAACCUGACAGAACUGGAAUCUGAAGAUAUUCAGAUAGAAGCCCUUUUGAUGAGAGCAUGUGAACCAAUAAUCCAGACAUUCUGUCAUGAAGUGGCUGAUAACCAGAUAGACUCGGGUGAUCUGAUGGAAUGUCUGAUACAGAACAAGCACCAAAAGGAAAUGAAUGAGAAGUGUGUUGUUGGGGUUACACACUUCCAGCUAGUGCAAAUGAAGGAUUUCAGGUUUUCAUACAAGUUUAAGAUGGCAUGUAAAGAAGAUGUAUUGAAACUGUGUCCCAGUAUAAAGAAGAAGGUAGAUGUUGUAAUAUGCCUUAGCACUACUGUUCGCAAUGACACACUGCAAGAAGUUAAAGACCAUCGUGUGUCACUGAAGUGCCGCAAGCAACUUAGGGUUGAAGAGUUGGAGAUGAGUGAGGACAUUCGUUUAGAACCGGAGCUCUAUGAAGCCUGCAAAAAUGACAUUAAGUCACUCUGCCAGAGUGUACCUUAUGGAAAUGCCCAGGUAAUUGAGUGCCUAAAAGAAGCCAAAAAACAGCUGAGUUCCUCAUGUCAUAAGAAGGUUUUUAAGUUACAGGAGACAGAAAUGAUGGACCCAGAGCUUGAUUAUACUUUCAUGCGUGUCUGUAAACAGAUGAUAAAGAGGUUUUGCAGUGAUACAGAUCCCAAGAACAUUUUGCAGUGUCUGAAGCAGAGCAAGAAUGCAGAAACAAUGGACCCCAAGUGCAAACAGAUGAUAACAAAGAGGCAAAUAACACAGAGCACAGAUUAUCGUCUAAAUCCUGUGCUCCGGAAGUCUUGUAAAGCUGACAUACCUAAAUUCUGCCAGAAUAUUCUGAGCACUGCCAAAGAUGACACAGAAUUUGAAGGAAAGGUUAUCUCUUGUCUAAAACUGAAAUAUGCAGACCAGCGUUUGUCACCUGACUGUGAAGAUCAGAUUCGUGUGAUAAUCCAGGAGACUGCCCUUGAUUACCGACUGGAUCCACAAUUGCAAGUUCAGUGCACAGAAGAGAUAAAUAUCCUGUGUGGAGAGGAGGCAGCAGCGCAAGAGCCAACUGGGCAAGUGGAGGAAUGUUUAAAAAUGAACCUACUGAAAAUCCAGUCUCCUGGUUGCAAAAAAGAAGUCCUAAACAUGCUUAAAGAAAGCAAGGCAGAUAUUUUUGUUGACCCAGUCCUGCACACAGCCUGUGCACUUGACAUAAAGCACCACUGUGCCGCCAUUCCUCCAGGCAAAGGACGUCAGAUGUCGUGUUUAAUAGAAGCACUGCAAGAUAAAAUGGUUAGGUUGCAACCAGAAUGCAAGAAGCGUCUGCAGGACCGUUUAGAUAUGUGGAGUUAUGCAGCCAAGGUGGCCCCUGCAGAAGGCUUUUCUGAACUUGCCAUGCAAGUGAUGAAUUCUCCAUCCAAAAACUACAUCUUGUCAGUCAUUAUGGUGGGGGUGUGCGUGCUCUUCUUUGGAGGUCUUCUCUGUGGUCGAAUCACCAAGAGGGUCACACGAGAGAUGAAGGACAGGUAGAGCACAGGACCCCCUUGACAUCCCUCAGUGAGUUGUGAGAAGCAGGGUACACGGAUGAAGGGAGGGUCAGACCUGUCACCAUGUGUACAGCUCUCUCAUGUGGCUCAAUCCCAUCUUCUUUCUCCCACUCCUUUCAGCACAGUGGAAUUUGGAGGGAGCAAUAGAAGCAGAUGGGAUCACCUUCCCUGCUCUCACCCUCUCCAUAGUCCACCAAACUCACCUCCGCUGCUUAAUCAUACGCCCCGUCCAUUCCCCUAAAACAUGGUUACCUUGACCAGCUGCAGACUCCAGCUCUCACCAUUCUCCAACCACUUCAGAUGGCCUUCAGCCCCUUGCACAGCCUUCCUCUUUAACUUAGUGCCGUGUUGCUCUGUGAAUUGUCUGGGGUUUUUGUUUUGUUCUUUUCCCUCCAUUUUUUGGGGAGGGAAAAUAGGGUACUUUGAAAUUUGCCUCCUUGAGCGGGAAGCUGCACCAUUGGAUUCCUCCCUUGAACCCGACUUGAGAAGGGAUUUAUGAUUGUGCACUUUGAGACGCUGCCUGAGCCUAGGCGUCUGCAAAGAAGAUUUGUACAGACCAAUUGGCUCCCACCUGCCAAACCUUAGUGAACACAUUGACUGUCUUUACUGCUUCCUGCUCCAUCUCUAUGAAAAUCCUUUGAUUCCCAGCAAUGCGCUUUAGUAGCAAGAUUUGCACACAGAUCAGAGGUGGUGGUUGUAUGAUCAAAGCUUACCAUAGGCAACUGGGGUUUUAUGGGUGCAACUCAUCCAUUGAUUUUUCUCAUGAACCAGCUUUUUUUGGUCAUUGUCUUCCAUCUCAAUGAAAGGAAAGACUGAACACUUUUUAUUUUUAAAAAUCCAAAUUUUCAAUUAUAGUGGCUUUUAAAAAAAAAAUAAAUGGGUUGCACCCUUAAAACUUUUGUCCUGCUUACCUUGUCUUUAACUCUAUCUUGCAUUGUAGACUAUUUGAUUCUUUCCAACUGCAAAUACAUUGUGAAAAAUGUCUAAUAUUUAUGUGUCUCUGAGCUCUGAUGAAUUGUAGAACUGGGAAUUGUAUUGUCAGUGUGCGGUUCACUGAGGCUUCUGUACAGACUUAUUUAACUGAAACUGUAUCUCCUCUGUUUAACCCCUGGCUGCCAAAGGCUCUCUUUAAAUACUGUUUCUGUUUCUUGCUUCUGUUGGGUUAAGCUCUGAGUCACGGCUAUUGCAAAUUCAUUGGUUUAGAAACGGCAUUUAAUGUGCUGUCAUUUUUUUUUAUUUUUAUAACACUAAACCAGAAGCAAAUCUCAAACCAAAUCUCGUAACAUUAUGGUUAUAUUUUCUAGGUGUAGCAACCGUUUAAUGCCUCUAGGCUAGUUUUUAAGUGAAUCCCUUUCUGAGUGGCAUUGUUUUUAUUGAGCUACUUCCACACAAGUAGUGAUGAUUCUUCUGACUACCCUUGUAUGUGGCACAUAAUGGCUGGCAUCACAUGACUGUUUGCACUAGUAGUUGUGCAUGAAAACCAGCUCCAGCAAAUCCAUUUCAACCAUUCUUAAAGUCAUACUAUAUGUGUAUCCUGUUUAGAGGCUGUGUAUCAGCGUGCUAACUCUUUAGUUGUCAGAAAGUAGGCAGUGAAUGCAUAACCUUUUUAAUGUCAGUAUCCGAAAAAACAUAGCUGCCUUUUUGUUUUUUCCAAGGCAUUAAUGUGUGAUCAAUUAGAUGCGGUUCAUUUCUUUAACUUUGUGCUCCUUAUUUGCAACUAUGAUCCUCUCCUAGAGGUAGGAAAUUCAUUGGUUUUACCGUUUAACUCUUGAUUGUAUAUUGCAUUCUUUACCAAAUUGCUUUAUGGCCUUCCCUGCACUGUUUUCUAGCUGAUGUUGAAUAUCUUCAUGACAGAUCCUUUAAAUUAUUGCAACCUUGGUGUCACACACACCACGUUGCCCCCCCCCCCAGUUCCGAUGACCAGUAUUGACAUUAUUUAUUGAUUGUAGGGUACAGAUUCUCUCUACAUCAGAGCUCUAUUUUUCCGUUUGAAACUGCUUAGUAAAGGGAAAAUAAACCAUAUCAUUUCAGUAAGGGCUUUAGCACACGGGCAGAUUCGGGGAGAUUUAGUCGCCUGACGACUAAUUGCCUCUUCUUCGGGGCGACAAUCUCCCCGAACUGCCUUCCAUCUGCUAAAAUGAAAAAUCGCCUGCGGCUAUGCACUCGCACCGCUUCAAUUUCUGAAAUUUUCUCGUGAAGCAACUUUGGGCGACUUCGGAAAUCAAAGGGGGAAGGCAGUUCGGGGAGAUUGUCGCCCUGAAGAAGAGGCGAUUAGUCACCAGGCGACUAAAUCUACACGAAUCUGCCAGUGUGCUAAAACCCUAGUCUAAUAUGCCGAAUCUUCUCCAUUAAUAUGCAUCAGCUGGAUUUGACAAUUUUGUUUCCUUUUGCUGAUGUUAUCUCCAUAUACAACACUAAUACGGUGCAGCCAUUUUCGAUCAAAAGUUUUCAGCACUUGAGAUCUAUGGCGUAUUCCUGUGUAGUAUGGCACUCCAAUUUGUAUGUUUAAAUCCAAAAAUACAGAGCGAGUAUAUUCUGUACACACAAUAAGCUGUUACCUGCAUAUGUUUCUAUAAUGUAAAUUAACUCUACUUAUAUGGUAUAUUUUCUCUUUAGAGGAAUUAGUGCUUUUCUCCAUCCUGUUUAGCAACAGGAAGUUAGUAAGCUGGAGCCAUCAUGUGCCCUGUGGAAUGUGUUUUUAUUCGGGACUGAAGAAAAUGUCAACUUCUCUAGGAAGGUUUACUAAUGAAAUGAUUUUCAGAUGACUAAAUAAACACUAUAACCCAU